AGCCUUCACAAUGUGGCCCCACUUGGGCAUACAUGCUCUCCUUGUAGUGAUUGUCACCUUCAGUCCUGUGCCUGCUGCAACGCAGAGUGAAAACGAUGUCACUGGAGAAGAUCUCUAUCCCCCUCUGUGGGACCUGGCCCCUGGAAACCUGCUGGAUUUCCCAGUAAAGGACAACAAAAUUGUCAUCAAUGCUUGGAACUAUCAAGAUCGACUAGGAGUGUAUAAGAGCUUGCUAAGUGCUUCAGCCAAAUAUUUUGAUGCCUUUGGACCCCAUAACAGUGGCAAUGUUCUCUGGGGAUUACCAUUGCAGCAUGGCUGGCAAUUUCGUACAGGUAGAUUAGCAGAUCCUUCUGGUGUGACUUCCUGUGGUUAUGAAAAUGGAGAGCCCCUGUGCCAAUCUGUAAGAAGCUGGUGGUCCUGUAUGAAUUACUAUCUGGCUAUUAUACCCUUUCUGGGGGCAGUGGAGGCUGGCCUCUUUGGGCAGCUGCCAUAUGAGAUAGAAAUACUGCCACCAGAGGAGCAAAAAGAUGAUUUCUGUUACAGCGUUAAAGACUGCUGGUCUCGCAUGCCCAAGCUCAUGGAUGACUGGAAGGCCUUUUUUGAAUAUCUGUUAUCUACAGAACACAAAGCUGUGAGCUCUUCCAGCCUCUCCUCCUUCAAACUGGACGAUGCCCUUGGCCUCAUGUGGAAGGCACACACCUCCUCCAUUGCUUACGCACUCCCCGUGUUCCAUGACCGCUUAAAAUAUCUCUCUGAUCCAGAAGCAAAUUUUGGAGAAGACUGGGCUGAUGCUGUAGAUUUCAUUGCCGCCACACACUUCAAAACAGACUUGCCGACCACAAACAACUUCCAGGCUUUCCUGCCCCAGAGGAUGCUUGUUGAAGGGGAUGUUCUCCCAUCCAUUAGUGACUUCAGUCCAGAGCAAAAUAAGGUUCUGGUGUCACUGAGAGUUCUUCACAAAGUAAAUAAAAUAACAGGAGGAUUGCUGCUGAAGAUCUGGCAGAAGGCUAUGUCCACUGAAGCAGGAAGAAGAAUAGGCCGAGAGCUGAUUGAAAGCUUGCCUUCGAGCCAGAAGCUUGAACUACUUGACCUAAUAGAAAUUUAAAAUUACUGGGAAGGAGAUGAUUUGAAAAUUCCCAGUUCCUCAAGAAAGAGCAGUUCCAAGGUGGAUUGAUUUAAUCUUUUAGCAGACGUGUGUCUGCUAGUCUGGCCUCGGUAAUUUCUUUCAGCAGGAUUUCCUGAGUAGCCAUGCAUGUCUCUCUCUCAUAUAGAAUCAAUGUUUUUAACCUUAUUUUUCCUAAUAAUCUCAUUUGUUUAACUCAAUUCCUUAUAAAUAAAAAAACCUCACAGAAAAAUCUUAGUUUACUACUUUUUGUGGCUUUAUAAAUAAUGUUUGUGGCUUAAUAAAUAAUAUUUGGAGAUAAAAUUAAAAGCAGGCAAAAUA